AUGGACUUCUCCAAGUUCCUGGCCGAGGAUUUCGACGUAAAGGAGUGGAUCAAUGCGGCCUUCAGGGCUGGCCCGAAGGAGGCGGCGGCCGGGAAGGCGGACGGCCACGCGGCCACCCUGGUGAUGAAGCUGCAGCUGUUUAUCCAAGAGGUGAACCACGCCGUGGAGGAAACAAGCCACCUGGCCCUUCAGAACAUGCCCAGAGUUCUCCGUGACGUCGAAGCCCUUAAACAGGAGGCGUCUUUUCUGAAAGAGCAGAUGGUCCUUGUCAAGGAGGACAUUAAAAAGUUUGAACAGGACACAGCUCAGUCGAUGCAGGUGUUGGUGGAAAUCGACCAGGUGAAGUCCCGAAUGCAGCUUGCUGCAGAAUCUCUUCAGGAAGCAGACAAGUGGAGCACACUGAGUGCCGACAUCGAGGAGACAUUCAAGACUCAGGACUUAGCUGUGAUUUCUGCCAAGCUCACUGGGAUGCAGAACAGUUUAAUGAUGCUGGUGGAUACACCAGACUACUCGGAGAAAUGCGUGCACUUGGAGGCUCUGAAGAACAGACUGGAGGCCCUGGCCAGCCCCCAGAUCGUGGCAGUGUUCAGUUCACAGUCCGUAGAUCAGGCCAAAGUGUUUGUGAAGGUCUUCACUGACGUUGACCGGAUGCCCCAACUUCUCGCAUACUACUAUAAGUGUCACAAGGUACGGCUCUUAGCAGCCUGGCAAGAGUUGUGUCAGAGUGACCUCCCCCUGGACCGGCAGCUCACCGGACUCUAUGACGCCUUGCUUGGUGCUUGGCACACACAGAUCCAGUGGGCUACGCAGGUUUUCAAGAACCCGCGCGAGGUGGUGACAGUGCUGCUGAUUCAGACCCUGGGGGCCUUGGUACCCUCCCUGCCCAUGUGCCUCAGCUCUGCCUUGGAGAGGGCGGGGCCCGAGAUGGAGCUCACCAAGCUGCUGGAGUUCUAUGACAUCACCGCCCACUUUGCCAAGGGCUUGGAGAUGGCGCUGCUCCCCCACCUCCAUGAGCACAACCUGGUGAAAGUCAUGGAGCUGGUGGAUGCCGUGUAUGCUCCGUACAGACCCUACCAGCUGAAGUAUGGUGACAUGGAAGAGAGCCACCUCCUCAUCCAGAUGAGUGCCGUGCCCUUGGAGCACGGGGAAGUGAUCGACUGUGUCCAAGAGCUGAGCCACUCCGUGAACAAGCUCUUUGGUCUGGCCUCCACGGCAAUUGAUAGAUGCAUCCGAUUCACCAAUGGCCUGGGCACCUGCGGCCUGCUGAUGGCCCUGAAAGCUCUCUUUGCCAAGAUAAUAGCCACCUGUGGAGAGCUCUUGCGGCAAUGUGGGGACUUCGAGCAGCAGCUAGCCAACAGGAUUUUGUCCACAGCUGGCAAGUAUCUCUCUGAUUCCUGCUGCCCUCGGAGCCUGACCAGUUUGCAGGAUAGCAUCUUGACAGACAAGAAGAGCACUGCCAAGAAUCCAUGGCAAGAAUACAAUUACUUUCAGAAAGAUAACCCUGCUGAAUAUGCCAGUUUAAUGGAAAUCCUUUAUACCCUCAAGGAAAAAGGAUCCAGUAAUCAUAACCUGCUGUCUGCGUCUCGAGCAGCCCUCACUCGGCUUAACCAGCAGGCCCACCAGCUGGCUUUCGACUCUAUUUUCCUCCGUAUCAAACAGCAGCUCUUACUCGUUUCCAAGAUGGACAGCUGGAGCACAGCCGGCAUUGGCGAAACACUGACAGACGACCUGCCCACCUUCAGCCUCACCCCUCUGGAGUACAUCAGCAACAUCGGGCAGUACAUCAUGUCCCUCCCCCUGAAUCUCGAGCCGUUCGUCACUCAGGAGGACUCGGCCUUGGAGUUGGCCUUGCACGCUGGAAAGCUCCCAUUUCCUCCUGAGCAAGGCGAUGAACUCCCCGAGUUGGACAACAUGGCUGACAACUGGCUGGUCUCCAUCGCCAGGGCCACAAUGCAGACCUACUGUGACGUGAUCCUUCAGAUCCCUGAGCUGACCCCGCAUUCCACCAAGCAGCUGGCCACUGACAUUGACUACCUGACCAACGUGAUGGACGCCCUGGGCCUGCAGCCAUCCCGCACACUCCACAACAUAGUGACGCUCUUGAAGACCAAGCCUGAGGAUUACAGACAGGCCAGCAAAGGUCUUCCCCGCCGCCUCACCUCUACCAUAGCUGCCAUGCGGGGUGUGACUUACUGA